AUGCCUUCCGCAACGACUUCGUCCUCUAAGAAAUCCUCCAUCUCGCCGAAACCACGCCAUCCUCCUCCUCCCAAUUGGGCGCCCAAGCACGAUGCCUUUGUCCGAGAGAAAGCCCGCCACGGCGAGGACCCAGAGAGUAUCCGCAUCCUAUUCGAGGUCGAAUUCCCCGGCGUUAACGCGAGUAAGGCCUGGAUCGGCGAGAGGAUGAAGGGGAGCAAGGUGGAAAUGGGUAUAGAUGAGAAGGGCGUGGGCAUGGCUAUCGUUGCGCAUUGGCUAUAG